GGCGAAAAUCCAAUUCGUUUCGUUUUGGCGGGUUGAUCCCUUUCAUUACUUUAUUUGUUAAAUGCCAUCUAUAGGUUUAGAGUUGAUUUAUCCACCUAAUUGUAAGCCCAUAAAUGACGAUUUGUCGAAAGAAGAAUUAAGAAGACGCCUGACUGAGCUUUGUAACGCACUAGACAAUGUUAUCGAGGAAGAAGGAAAAUCGACUGAAACUUCACUGGAUGGGGAGAGAUUAUCGCUUUCACAGGACCAUGCAAAAUAUAAGGGACUGUUUGUUUUGCUUGGAUCGCCAGAGUUCCUGAAAAAUGCAGAUAGAGAUAUUCAAUUAAGAGUCGGUGUAUGUAUUUGCAAGCUACUUAAAAUAUUCUGCCCUUGCAACCCUCUUUCUGGUUUAUCUGAGGAAAAAGUCCUGACAAAAGAAAUCCUGUUUUUCUUAAUUGAUUGUAUCGGAUUACUUUCCAACGUGAAGACGAAAACCGACGCUGUAUACAUUAAGCUUCAUACAAUGAUUUAUAUCUGUGCUCAAAUUGAUGUCUUCAUGUGGUGUUCGUUUUUGGAAGAUGAAUCUGUCCUAUUUGGCUUUGUCAAAAUGGUUUUUGCUAUUGUUAAAAACCUUGAUGUCUGGUCUUGGACUGAUAAUUCCAUCGUUCGCCAGAUGAUUUUGGAUAUGGCUGUUAAGGUUAUCAUCCAGUCUGAGAAAUUCCUGUCUUCUGACGUAGUCACUUUUAUACUUCAGUAUCUAAUAGAACCUGCAAAAAGUACUCAACCGGCUCAGCAUACAUUCGCUCGAGACUUAAUAAUAAGGACUGCUGAUCAGUUAGAAUACCGAAUUCAAAUGUUAUUGCAAAACUCCUUAAUUGUAGGUAAAUGUAAUGGAACCCAAAUGAAAACUGAAAGUAAACCCAUCCGUCCUCCUGAAGAGGUUUUGGAAGACAGCAGUGAGGGAAUAUCUGAUGUGAAUGAAUCUAAGGAUGAUGAGGGAAAUCCUGAUCUACUUGGAGAGCACGCAUUUCUCAUUAUAUACGCUCUGCACACAAUACAAAGCAGUAUAGUAGCUCCAGUCCUUCCGACUAUUGAGUUAAAGCUAAAGUCACCUAUUGUACGUGAGCGUAAACGAUCAUUCAGAUUAUUAGCACGCCUAUUUUCUGAACCGAAUUCUUUACUUCACAGGAGAAAUCCAAGUCUUUGGGAUGCAUUCCUGGGGCGCUUCAAUGACAUUGAUAGUGAAGUCCGCAAGUUAUGUAUUCACAUGUUGCCUCAGCUUUUAAAACAAAACCAGGAUUUGCUUCAUGAACAGUUACUGACAAAUUUUCAACAGCGCAUUUAUGAUCCCGAUGAAGAAGUCCGACUUUUAGCUUUAAAAACAAUGACUGGUCUUAUUAAACAAUCUGAAAGUGAAGUUAGCGACGAUGCAUUCGAAUUGUUAAAGGAGCGUUCUCGAGACAAGACCCUGUCCAUUCGCAAAGAAGCUUCUUCCGCUUUAGCUUCGUUGUAUAAAGGUGGUUUGCAGUCUGGAUGCUUAUCUGCUACAAAGUCAGCUUCCGCACUAAAUACAAUUUUGCACUUGUACUAUCAAAACUCAACUGAUGACAAGCUUAUCGUUGAACGGUUAUUAAAGAGUUCAAUCAUUCCGUACAAUUUUGAAAAUGCUGUCCGUGUGCAAGCCUUAUUCCGCUGUUACAGUUUGAUGGAUGAAGCUUCAAUCAAAGCUAUGCAGGAAAUUUUUAAGACCCAAUAUGUUGCCCUCAAACUUCUUCGUGAUGUUGUCAAGUUGUUAACUGACCAACGUGAUGCAAAAAUUCCUUCCGAAGUUAAUACUGAAAUAAUGGGUGUCAUACAGCAUCUUAGUGUUUUAAUACCGAAAUCAGAAAAGUCAGUUGAACAUCUGAAACGUUUCUUCAAUCAAGUUCAUACAGAUAAAACACUAUGGAAUCAUUUAGUUAAACUGACUAAGCCACAAACCGCUUGUGCUCAGGCAACAACAGCGUUAAGAGAUAUAUUAAAAAAAAUAGGGACGGCAGCAGAAAAUCCCAACAGUGUCAAUGAUAACCAAACAAACUACGCACGUGUUGUAAAAAUUUUACUGGAACGAUGUGCACCUGUUCUUUUUGAUCGUAAUUUUGGCAUGGAAUUAGUCAAUCAGUUAUAUAUCAUCAAGAAAACUGGUUGCUUAUCUGGAACUGCUGGACGUAUGAAUGUGACACGUUCACUACGUUUAUUACUUGCAGUGUCCGUUUAUUUUAAAGAGAUACUACCUUCAAAUAAAGUUAUGGAUUACUUACUCUGUAUUUUAUCUGAUGAAAACUCGUCAGUGCUUAAUGAUGAUAAUGAUGAAAAUGUAUCAUCGUCAGCUAAUUCAGAUUCUUAUGACGAUUCGUAUACAUUACAAGAAAUAGCUUUAAGUAUCUUAUGUUGUAUACUUGGUGGGGGUCCAAGUGGAACAUUUAGUAACACUGACUUAACUGAGCCUCUUCAAAAUAUCGCUGACAAACAAAAUCUCAGUAUUUAUGCUCAGUUAACUGAACGUUCAGACGAAUUAUUACCAAUUUUACGUCGUUUUUGUUGUACAGGAAUUGUUCCCAUUUCUCUGGAAUCGUGUCAAAAUAGAGAAACUGCAGAAAAGUCUAUAAAAAAUAAUCGAAAAACAACAAAACAUGGAGUAAAAAUUCCUUCACCCAACUUAAUAACAGAAGCUGUUUCGAAUAGUGGUGUUGUUUGGCGUCGUGAACGUCGUCGUUCCAAGCUAUCAAUACGUAUUUUGUUUUGUCUAUGCAACGUUGUACGUCAUUUAUUAAAUUCGAAGAGUAAAUCUGAAACAAACAAUAUAGAUUUGGAUGAAGAAUCUACUAUAUCAGUGAAUGAUGAUUUAACUGAUGAACUGAAAAGAUUAUCUGCUUUAAAAUCUAAAAUUAAUGAAAUUCUCAAUGAUAUUGUUCAGGUUUGUAUUUCAUGCCCUAUUUUAUCUAACGAUUACAUAUCUUGCCUCACUUCAUUAAGCCAUAUUGCUUUAUUAUUUCCUGAUGUAUACAACGAAGAUAUUAAAAAUUUCAUUACGAAAUCUUUGGUACAACAAGUAUUAACAUUUGAACCAGACGAUCUGCCAAAUCAAGAACAAGAAAAAGAUAAAACGCCAAUAAACAGUGUGACAUCAAAGAACUUGUCAAAUCAAUCCAAAACUGAAUGCAAUGCUCUUAGUUCUUGGUCACCUGAUAGUUUAAUCAGUAACUUAACUAGAGCAAAGAUUUCAGCUAUUAAACUAAUAACAAAUUGGUUAGUAGGUUUGAAAAAUGAAGUGAAACCUGUUGUUCAAGUUAUUAUUCGACUUCUUUAUCGUAUAAUCAUUCAUGAUGGCGAUUUAACAAAAGGUGGUAAAUUAUCAUACGGUGAAAUGUCAAGGCUGCGCUUAGUUGCCGCUACAUCCUGGUUAAAGCUUGCACGUUCUCAGGCUUAUAUUGAAUGUAUUGAAAUUGGGUGGUAUUUGUCAAUGAGCUAUAUACUUUGUGAUCCAUGCCCACAAGUGCGUUCACACUUCCUAACUAAACUCAAUCAGGGUUUAUAUAAACUGAGUCUUCCUCUUGAGUACAUGGCUAUUUUCGCACACUCUGCUAAUGUUUCAGAACCUGCAUUUAAACAACGUGCAAAACAACUUUUUAUUGCGAAUAUUCAACGCCGUCGAGCAUUUUUAAAUAAACACCCUUCGUAUUUUCGUGAUGCCAAGUUUUUAUUUGGUCUGUUACCUGAUUAUGUAUUACCGUACGUGAUUUACUUACUCUCUCAUGAUUCCAAAUGGGCAAAACUAGAUGAUGUAGAAAUACUUAAUAAAAUCAAAAGUGCUUUAUGGUUCAUAAUGGAACCGAUUAUGUCUCAUGGUGAAAAUUUCAGUUUUUUGAGAAAGAUUAUUGAAAAAAUUAAAUACGCACGAGAUGCCCUUCAUCCUGAUGAUACUCUGAUCAAUGAGAAACUGUAUACUGUAUGCGAUAUUUCUUUGGGUCUUUUAUUAUCACGUUGCAUUAACCCGACAAUUAAAGAGUAUCCGGUGGAUGUCAAGCUACCUAAAACUCUGUUUACCUCUGCACCAAGUGAUUUUCGUAAUCCUGAUUUUAAGCAACUAAUAAAUAUCGGUUCAGAAAGUGAAGCACAAACAGGUACAAGCAAUACAAAUUCACCUUUGGAAAUGUCCAUCAAAAAUAAGGUCCAACCAAUUUUACAGUUCACCCCCAACAAACACACAAAAGCAUUUAAAGAGGGAUUAAUACCUCCUGAACUUGUAAAACCCAAAGGCGUUAAUACUUCAAAGCCAAGGAAAAAAGAAAAAGAAUCAACCAGUCAUAAGGAAAAGGAGGCGAAGUUUAAGACUAAGUCAAAUAAUAAUAUUGACGAGCUAUCAGGACAUGGAAGCAGCGACGAUAAUGAGAACUUAUUAGAUAGCCGAGAUAAAAUAGAUCAACAACAGAUUAUAUCCAUUUGUGUAGCAUCUACCAGCAAUAACAUGUCCUCAGAAAUUGAUCCUAAAGUUUGUGCUGAUAUUACGAAAACACAGGAAGUGAGAUCGUCUUCCCCUAACCGAGCUGUUAAUAGGAAAAAGCGUCGAAAAACAACUCCACCGGAAAAUCUUAAACGUCCGCGUAUUAGUAAAUUAUCAGACUCAAAUUUAAACAAAAAACAAUCCACACUUGAUUCCGUUGUAAAAGUUAAUGGAAUUCCCUCAAACAAGUACUUUUCCCAAGUAAAGGAUACAAGUCAGCAAUUGUCCUUCGUCUUUCCGAGUAGGGAUGUAAACGUUAAGGUUAAAAAAAACACAGAACCCAAUGAUGCAAAGCAAAAUCAAUCUCGUUCUAAUAAAAACUCUAGAAGGAAUAUUAAGACAUCUACAACAUCUAAAAAAAACGACCAGAACGUCUCAUUAAGACUAAGGAAUUCAACAAUUCCAGAAAAUUCUCAGAAGCCUACUAAAAAUCCAGGAAGAACUUCACAUCUUACUAACAAAAGGCUUGUGAGAAGCAAUGUAAGAAGAUCAUCGCGAUUAAAAACCAAUAAACGUACACAUCUCUCGGAUGCCCUGUCAAGGCGGCCAUCCUCGAGAAUGAGUGCGGUAAUCGCCAGACAAAAACUCCUAAUCCCAACGUCUCAGUCUAGCUCGAACUCGACGUCUCAAGUGACUCCAAAACGAAAGUAAGUAUAUGGAAAGAUUUUAGUUUGCUUGACUGUUAAAUAUAAAGUAUGAUUUACUUCGUCAAACGCCGCGUGUAUAAAAGGUUUUCACUAAGUUGAUUUCUCGAGGCGGGGGUGUUCUUUACGAAAUUGAGAGGACGAAAAGCGAAUGUCUGGCGCUUUAACCGGGUCGGUGGAUAUGGAGGUUCCACCUAGAGGAGUUGGAAAACUUUGAUUCCAAACCAAUAAUGUACAUGGGCUCCAGUAUCCUGAAAGAACAAAUGGCGUACGAAUCAGUAGUUGGUCACCGGCUACCAUGAGACUGCAUCUCCUGACGUUGCUUCAUUAUCUUGUGGAUCAAACCUUUUGAUUGUGACCCCCUAAAAAACCACCUGUUUCGGUUUGGGCACCCGGGCAGUUUUCCAGCCUCAACACAAAUCGAAUGAUUUAUGUGGCGCAUAUCUGUCUGCUACCUCCUUGUACCAAUGUUCAUGUGUCUAAAUAAAUGAAAUGUUCACCUCUUUACCGUACAUUAAUAUCUCACUUCGACUCAUUCCUUAUAUGUGCAUUAAUGUCAUUCGGGAAAAGUUAAAUAAAUAUAUAUUUUUUCGCGUAAUAAUGACUGUUAUUUCAUGUUACUUAAGCACUCUUAUGAUCGAAUUACGUACCUUCAUAUAAGUCCCAAUCGGUGGAAAUGAAAAAUAAGGAACUUGUCGUACGCAUUAAAUUACCUAGACCAUAAAAACAAAUUCAGCUGAAUGAUUUUUAAUUGAGACCGAUGUAGAGAAUUAAGUCCAACUAUUUGCAGUAAAUUGUUAGCGAUCAUUGUGGACCAUUCCUUAUUGGAAUUGAAUAACGCGAAAAUGGAGAGGUUGUCUUUCUCUACGCAACUUAUUGCUGCAGCUUCGAACUUCAUCUGGACAUUCUUUUUCCCAAAAUAGCGAAGAAAUAUGUAUUAUCUCCAUAACACAGAUUGAAGGAUCAGUACUGUUAUUCAAUAAAGCCGAAUAUACUUCUGACCAAAAACUGGUAUAGACUACGUCAACCGAAUAAACAUACCCCACGAGCUUGACACUAAAAGAAUAACUAAUUAAGUUUCGUAGGGUUAACAAAGAGAUGCAGCGUAACCAACUUAAGUGCUAGAUAAAAUAAUUCCUUAUUUAAGAUUUAUAUCGGUCCUAGUUACUUUAAACUAAGAGAAUGAGGACUAAUGUGUUUUUACGACUAGAGCCAAACUUGACAUGUCUUCAGUCGGUUAAUACAUUUUGGGAUUUCCAAAGCUCUUACGCUUAUUCUGUUUCUAGUUUUUUAAUCUUAUUGGUGUUUUGAUUUUCUGAUUUCAUAGGUGGUGAUACCUCUUGUGCAGC